AUGACCAAGAAUAAUCAUUUCUCUCUAAAAUAGCAUUAAUGCCCUUACAAUGGUUGCUCAAAGAUUUUUGCAGAAAAAGGAAAUUUAAUAGUGCACUAUAGAAUUCAUUCAGGAGAAAAACCUUUUAAUUGCUAGUUUUGCGAAAAGAAAUUUACUUCUACUGGCAAUUGCAAUGAUCACCAAAGGCGUCACUUCAAAUAAAAACAUUACUAACUCACGAAGCAUCUCUUAAAAUAGCAUCCAUAUUAAUCUAAUAUUGAUAAAACAAUGAUAGUAAAAACAAUUCUAGAACAAAACGAUUUCGAUUAAAGUCUAUAAGCAGAAGUCAAUUUCAAAGUUUCCCAAAAAAAAACUAUAAAAUCAGAUUUACAAUAAGGUAUAACGAAUAUUGUUUCCUUUGGUCAAAAAGAUGAUGACCAAUAUUGUGGCUAAGUUUCUGUCUAAAAUAAUCAAUCAAUUUCUCCAAUUGGUAAAGAUUAAAGUUAGGAAAAAAUAACUUCAAAUAAUCUCUAAUCUUCUUAUCUGAAUUCACCUAUCUAAUGCAGAUCUACAGAAGAACAAGAUUGUAGUCCUUCCAAAUUUUUGGUUAAUUAAUGGGAUCCCUUUUCAGGAGAUUCUUUAUCAAUUGAUUAAACGGAUGAUUUAUAUAAAUCAAUUAUAUCAAUUCGAUCUUAAACUCCAUACUAAGAUUCUAAAAUCUAUGAUUGA